AUGAAAUCUUUAUUUUGGAACAAGCUCAGCACUCUUGGUACUUGCUACCCUACAAGCCGAGAAGGCCACUCUUGAAUAAACUCCCAAUCCCUUCGCAAAUGAAUUUUGUUUGGAGGAAUCGGCACUUCUCGAAGCAACGAAAUUUUCUUAUAUGACUCUGUAACUUCUUUAUGAGAAUCUCCAGCUGUCCAAGGUAAACCUCCACAAGAGCGCAACUACCACGUAUCAUGAUUUGACGACUCCUGCAAAUCUUUAUUUAUUUUUGGCGGCCAAAGUGACAAGCGCGACCCUCUUUACGAUUUUUAUGCUUUGAAUUUCGAAUUAAACGCAUGGAUAAGGCUUUAUCCUUCAGAUCAGCCGACAGGUCGUAUUUAUAGUUCAGGCUGCAUUCUGGGUGAUCGUUUUUAUUUAUUUGGAGGAGCUUCAGCACCUGAAGAUUCUUUAAACAAUGAUUUAUGGUCGUUUCCUUUUAAAGAAAUCAAUUGGACUGAAGCAAGAAGUGAAGGCCACUGUCCAAGCUGAAAUAAGCAUCAGACCAUAAAUACACCAAAUAGUAGAAAAGGACACUCUUUAGUAGGUUUUGGAGGAAAUUUAAUUUUGUUUGGAGGGCUGACUGACAAAGGGCAUUCUAAUGAUUUAUUUGUAAUUUCAGUUAAUGACUGAAGAUGGAAUAAAGCUAACACUAUGGGGCAUGGACCAAGUCCAAGAGCUUUUCAUGGCGCCGCAAUUGUAGCACAAAAAAUCAUGGUCAUUUUUGGAGGCUUAGAAGCUAUUAAAACUGGGAGGUCUGAAAGAAUUAAUAUAUUGAAUGAUGUUUUUAUAUUGGAUUUACAAGAUAUGCACUGGUCAUCUCCUUUUAUAGGAGGGUUUUCUCCUUCAAAAAGGCAUAGCUUAGGUAUUGCUUGGGGUGCAAACAGACUUGGAAGAGAGCAGCUUUUGAUUGUGGGUGGAAUUGAGCAAUCGUUUGCAGGGAUGGAUAUUUUCUCACUUGAAGAAGCUGAGCUAGAUCCAGGCCAAGCUUGGCAUCUUGAAGAGCCACAAAGCACUAAAAAGAAAAUGUUUUCAAUGACUGAGUCUGCGAUUUUAUCAAAUCGUAAAAAAAUACACCAUUUAAAAUUUGUUAUCAGCUAAAAAAUAAAAAAUAAGUUUUUUCAUAUUUAUUUUUACAUUAAAAUUAACAGGCAAUUCAUACUAACUCCCCCCCCAUCCUUGAUCGAACGAUUGACUGUAAAAAUUCCUAAAAAUUGGGGAAAUUAAACCCCAUCCUUGAUCGAACGAUUUUCAUAUCAUGCAAAUUUUUAUAUAUAUAAAAAUAUAUUAUUUAUCAAAAGCUUGGGAAGAUGUACAUAAUGAAGUUGUUUUCAGAGGCUUUGAGACGACAGAAAGCUGCGGAAUCAACCAUCCGAAGUGAUUUAGUCAUUAACAUAUGCUUAAAAACUCAAUAAUCUAAUAAAAUACAGAUUCUUUAAAAUUUUUUUAAAAAAAAUUUCAUUUAAUAAGGAACAAAUUAAAAUUUAUACAGUUUAAAAGGGUAACUAAUAAAUCAAAAUAUUAAAAAUUAGUAUUUUAUGAAAUAAAAUAAAAAUUUUUUGCUGUAAAAAUAAUUAUUAAAUAUUCUUAACCCUCUUAUUUACAAGUAAAUAAAACAAAAUAUCUAUAUAUAUUUUUUAUUUUAUAUAUAAAUUUGUUUUCCCGAAAAAUUGUUUUUUAACCCCCAUCCUUGAUCGAACGAUGGCGAGUCGUUCGAUCAAGGAUGGUAGGGGGGAGUAAGAAGUAUAAGGGACUUAGAAGGUCAAGUUUAUAAUACAAGAUAUAGAGUCUCAAAUAUAGAAGACGAAAUUUUAAAACUGAAAUCAACAAAUGACGAAAUGAAAAAAGUGGACAAAAUGAAUGAAGACAAGCUACAAGAUACCAUAAAUAGACUAGAAGAGUCAAAAAGAGAAAAAAUUGAUGAAGGAUUUAUGCUAAGAAAAGAAACAGAAAAUAAAGAAAAAAGAUACAAAUUAUUUGUGGGGAGACUAGAAGUGCUAGAAGAUUUAAUUAAAAAGUCAGAAUCACUGCUGAUAUCAGUUGACAGCAUUUUUAAUGAAGUUAUUGCUGAUAAUGCAGGACCAAACUUUGUGUGCCUAAAUAAAGAGAAAAUGGGGGAAAUUGACGAUAGCCGUGCUCUUCAUCAAGAAAGCAUAAAACAACUAAAAAAUUUUAUUGAAAAACAAGGAAAUCGUAUUGAAGAAUUGAGUGUAAAAAUUGAGGAAAGCGAAAAAGAGUUAUUAAAGUUUGAAGGGGACACAAAUAUUUCGUUGGAAGAUUUAUAA